AUUACACCUGACUCAGUCGCACAACCCCCAUCGUGUGACGCUGUAUCUCUACUCCGCAGACACUCUCUUUCCCUCUCAUAAACUCUCCUUUCUUCUCAUUCUCUCCUUGUCAGGAUCCGCAGGAAUGAAGUCCUUACUCGCCGUCGUGGCGCUUUCCACGCUCGCAGCGUCCUCUGCGGUCCAACAACCACUUCAAGUUCCUAACCAGGAACCUCUUAUCAGUAUCAAUACCAACAGCAAUUCCGAAUCCAGCUUCAAAUCGAAGCCGCUGAUCAGCUCCACGAAGCUCCAGGAUCAUAUACAUUCCGAGAAUCUACUGAAGCGGGCGGAGGAGCUGUAUGAGAUCUCCAAAUUGGGAAUUGAGGAAUACCAUCAUCCUACUAGAGUUAUCGGGAGCAAAGGUAGCCUCCUCUCGUUAUAAUACUACAAUGCAUUGUAUAUGCUAACACAAGCUUUAUUACUAGGUCACACCGGAACCCUCGAUUACAUAUACUCUACCCUCUCUCAGUACUCGGACUACUACACGCUCUCAAACCAAACCUUUGACGCAGUAGUAGGAAAUGUCUUCGGCUCCAAACUCACAUUUGGAUCUUCCCAAGUCCAUGCUUCCCCCAUGUCCCUCACGCCUCCAACGCCAAAUAAAGAAGCGGUGUAUGGACCACUAGUUCUCGUAGCAAACGAAGGCUGCGAAGCCUCCGAUUACCCGGCCAACACAACUGGCUCCAUAGCUCUCAUCCGUCGAGGAAUCUGUUCCUUUGGUGCGAAAUCCGCCGCUGCUGGGAGAGCGGGAGCUUUGGCGGCGGUGGUAUAUAACAACUACCCCGGCUCGCUUUCUGGGACAUUGGAAAGUCAUACGCCGGAUCAUGUCGCGACAUUCGGGCUUUCGGGCGAGGAUGCGGAGCCGUUCAUUGCGGAUUUGAAGGCGGGGAAGAUUAUCCCGUCGAGCGCGUGGAUUGAUGCGAUUGUCCGGAAGACAGCUACUACCAACAUCAUUGCUCAAACGAAACGUGGGGAUCAAGAGAACUGUGUCAUGGCAGGGGGACAUAGCGAUUCUGUCGCUGCGGGACCGGGGAUAAACGAUGAUGGGACGGGAUCUCUUACGCUGUUGGAGAUUGCUACGCAUCUUCCUAAAUACACCGUUCAGAACUGUGUUCGUCUCGCGUGGUGGGCAGGAGAGGAAGAAGGCUUGCUGGGCUCCGAUUACUACGUCUCGCAACUUACGCCAGAAGAAAAUCUCAAGAUCCGUCUGUUUAUGGACUACGAUAUGAUGGCAUCUCCCAACUUCGCAUACCAAGUUUACAAUGCCACCAACGCUCUAAACCCCGUUGGAUCACAGGAACUCCGCGAUUUAUACACGGAUUUCUAUUCCGAACAUGGGGAGAACUAUACGUAUAUCCCGUUUGAUGGACGUAGUGACUAUGAUGCGUUCAUCAAGCAUGGAAUACCUGGUGGGGGGAUUGCUACUGGUGCAGAGGGGAUUAAGACGGUGAAGGAGCAGGAGAUGUUUGGGGGUGUGGCGGGGGAGUGGUAUGAUCCUUGUUAUCACCAGCUUUGCGAUGGCGUUGAGAACUGUGAUUUGGGAGCUUGGGAGUUGAAUACUAAGGUAUGUUUCCCUCCAAGUUCUUCCCCUCAAAUUUUCCUACCUUCCUCAUUUGGCAAAUCAACUUCAUUUAUUCUUAACUCCUCCUCUUACCUAUCCUUGUCACCCCCCCAUCCCUUCCGGCACUCAGGCAGACAUCGAACUAACACCCCUCCAGCUCGUCGCCCACUCAAUCGCCACCUUCGCCCUGUCCUUCGAUGGGUUUCCUAAACGGACUUCGUCUAUCCCUCUUUCCAUGUCCGAAGAUGGGGAAAAGAGUCCUUAUCACGGUCCAGAGCUUUUCAUGUAAGAUUUCUUUGUUAGAAUUAGUACUCCGUAGAUAGAGAAGAUAAGGAGGUUUGAAGUAGAUUUAAUA